AUGGCGAACCAGCUUCUGUCCACGGUCGCCUACCGCGACAGCCUCCCAGAGGGUUACGCCCGCCCCGAGCACGACCGGCCACGGCUCGCCGAUGUGAGGACUGACACCAACAUCCCCCUCAUCGACCUCGCCUCGCCGGAUAGGCAUCGCGUGAUCGCCGAGAUCGAUCAGGCUUGCCGUACCUACGGCUUCUUCCAGGUCAUAAACCAUGGGAUAUCAGAGGAGUUGCUGGAGAAGGUGAUGGCCGUGGGCCUGGAGUUCUUCCGGCUCCCGCCGGAGGAGAAGGCCAAGCUCUACUCAGACGAGCCAUCCAAGAAGAUAAGGCUUUCCACCAGCUUCAACGUCCGCAAGGAGACAGUGCACAACUGGCGGGACUAUCUGCGCCUUCAUUGCCACCCCUUGGAGGAGUUCGUGCCAGACUGGCCGUCCAAUCCUGAAACUUUCAAGGAGAUCAUCAGCGUGUACUGCCGGGAAGUCCGGCUGCUGGGGCUUCGGCUUCUGGGCGCGAUCUCGCUCGGGCUGGGGCUGGAGGAGGUGUAUGUGGAGAAGGUGCUGGGCGAGCAGGAGCAGCACAUGGCCGUGAACUACUACCCGCGGUGCCCCGAGCCGGACCUCACCUACGGCCUGCCCAAGCACACGGACCCCAACGCCCUCACCAUCCUCCUCAUGGAUCCCCACGUCUCCGGCCUCCAGGUCCUCAGGGACGGCGCCAAGUGGAUCGCCGUCGACCCACGCCCCAACGCCCUGGUCAUCAACCUAGGCGACCAGCUACAGGCGUUGAGCAACGGCGCGUACAAGAGCGUGUGGCACCGGGCGGUGGUGAACGCGGCGCAUGAGCGCCUGUCGGUGGCAUCUUUCCUGUGCCCGUGCAACAGCGCUGUCAUCGGCCCCGCGCCGAAGCUCGUCGGCGACGGGGAGGACCCCGUCUACCGGAGCUACACCUACGACGAGUACUACAAGAGGUUUUGGAGCAGGAACCUGGAUCAGGAGCACUGCCUCGAGCUCUUCAGGAGUCAGCACUGAUGCUUGAACCUUGAGUUACUAGCUAGCUCUCCUUAACAGUGCAAAUCCAUGGCCGAAGAGGGCCCCGAUUGCAUGGUUACUUAUGUUGUUUGAACUGGUAUUGCCUAAGUGCGUAAUAACAUUGCUACAUUCUCCUCCUAUCUUGUCCGUUUAAAAUUAUAAGAUGGCCUAGCCUUUUC